UCGUUGCGUCCACCACGUUUCUGCAGUUGCACUUUUCUGUAGCUGAUUCCGAUGCGGUUCUGCCUGGACACGUCAAGAUGUCAUUGCCGUCACGUUGCGUGUGCUCCAGCAGAUCUCGAGGUGGCUCUUCCGAUCUCAAGCACGCUCCCAACCAUCAUUCACCAGGCAGUCAAGAGUCAGCGCAUCAGUGAGCAAAGCCAAUGGGCCCUGUGAGCUCUUCUACGGAAGGGAACCUCUCCCAACCAACCUCACUGACUCGCCUUGCUUCAGUGGGUCAAGCAUACAUAGCUUGGAAGCGAACGGAAAACAACGGAUAGUAGCGUGCCCUGAUCAAAUGUUUCUUGCCUACUGGCGAGCCACAGCAAAAACGUCAGACCCGGUUGCAUUCACGCACACAGCAAGCAUAGAGGGGAGAUAAUGGGACGAUCCUAGGCGCCAAGACAAUCAGGCACACGUUAUUCCCCAGAUAGAUGCCUCUUUUCUGCCUUCCCAACACCAACGCAAGAUAAACGGACGAACGGGUGGAAGAAACACAAGGACAAAUCAAUGUGAGCAUAUACAGCGCAAAAACAGCGUCGGCUCUACAGCCCAGGGCAGCCCCUCAGCUCCUGGCGCUUGCUGCAGUUGUCUUGUGUGUAGAAGCUCUGAUGCCCUUCAUCCUCAGCCGGGCAGCUUGGCACAUAGAAUCGGCCAGCUCUUGCAAAAGCCCUGUAGGCCCUGUAGAGGUCGUGGCCGCUUCGACUUUCCAAGUGGCUUCUUCCCACUAUUAACAUCCGCACCAGCUGCGUGUCCACAGGACUUGUUCCCGGCCAUUAUCUUCCAGCCGUCUCCAGCUUUGGGUGCCUUUCCAACGACAGGCUCCCUAUCGCUCUUGAGAAAGCACAUCCCAUCAUCUCCCAGGCCUACGUGGACCCAAUAGUUGCACUCCUCCGUGGCUGCGCACCAGUCGGCACAGUCCAGGUAGCUCGGGUACCCAUGCGUAGCCACCUCCAGAUCGGCACCGGGCGCGUAGUCGAGAUUCUCCUCGAUAAAACAGCGCACGGUUUCGUCUCUGUCCUCAUCGCCCUUCUCGUCAUAUUUCCCGUCUUUUUUUUGUCUUCCUUCUUCUUUUUGCCUUCCUGUGGGGGCCUCUAAGAACAUAAAGGCUGCCGGCAGGAGGGCCUGGCUAUGGUCUGAAAAGAUCACCCGGAUGUCAAGAAGUUUUCCGGCUGGCUUGUCAUUUUUCUGCCCUUCUCCCAUGACCCCCUCGAUACGAGUGUCGUCAUAAGCGGCAACUUCGGCUUCCACGCCGCCCACGCUGACCCUCACGGGCUCUCUCCCAUUACUUGUGAAGCGGCGGCCUCCAAGCGUGAAAGGGACAUCGUACCUGAAAAUAACAGGUCCGUGGGUUACAUGACAAGGAACAGCGGCAACGUAGGAAAAGCGGCAACGACAGCGGCAAUGGAAAAGCGGCAACGUACCUCGCCGGUCCCCGCCACGGAAGGAUGUCGUAGAGCACCGGGUCGCCCAUCGCGGCCUCAUCCGCUUCGAAUUUAUCUAGCGAUGCCUCGUCGGGAGUGAUGAUCGUCAGCUCGUCUUUGAGAAAAGAAAUCAGGACUAUCGAGCAAGCGGGCCCGUACAUGAUGUCGAGGUUCUGCCCUCCGGUGUCACUCGUGAGGACCCUGCUCAAAGAGACAGGUUCUCACGAGAGUACUCUCGAAGGACGUGGCGGCCUACUCGACUGUCUCAUCAGCGUUUUCAUUGUCUGGCAAGUCAAGGAAGUAUACUGCAUCCCUCCAUCUUGAAACGAGAAUGUCGUCCCGCAGCUUUCCACCGAAACACGUCCCCCGGUACUCUGUUACUCCUGUCUGACAAGUUGAGACAGUGACUUGUACAUACCCGCAGCUACGACCACUGCUGUUCCACCCUCAUUAGGCUUACUGUAGACGAAGGAAUCUCCCAUCCAGGGGUGUAUUCAAUGUCGGGCCUCAGGACGUGGUGGUACCUAAUGACCAAGAACACGGGGGCUUGGACAGGCGCUGUAAGGUACCCACGAAAACCAAGAACACGUUACUCACCAUUGCUUUUCGUCACCGGCAUUCCUUGCUCUUGCUGGAUUGGGAUGCCCAUGAUGAGCUCCCUCGAAGCUUCUGAAUAUCCUAUCGGGUCCCGAAAAGGCUGGGCCGAUCACUGGCUGACAUUCCUUAGGUUGCUCCCCGUUAGGCACAGUGUAAGGCUUCGGCAGAUAGAGCGGAUUCCGGACAUUGUAUUGAGGAAUCUCGUCCCUACAAGGCAGCUCAGGUAGGGUGCAGGUGCAACAUCGGAUAUCUAGCUCAUCCGUGCUUCCUUUACCAUGUGUCAAAAUCUGCUGCUGUACAACCUGUCCCUCGUGGUUCGCCAUUUACAAAUGGCCCGAGAGGCUGGUUGGGACCGUUCAUGAUGAUGUAUGUCUCGCCUGAAUGCAUAUGGACGACAUGAAUCUACCCAUGUGUAUGACGCAAGUGCUACAGCCUCUCGCCACGAGUGCACCUUUUGUUGAGUAAGUAGAGUCGUAGUUGUUCCGCAGCCCUGUCGCCCAGAUUGAAAUACCCGUCAUGCCAUCGGCCAAGUCAUAGCGGUCUCCCUCGACCUGAAGGUGAGAGCAGGCGGGUCAGUUGGCUGGUGACUUCGUCGGCCGUUGCACCUGGUUCGGAUUCUCAACGGGUUCACGGGUCUUGUGAUAGACAUAUUCAAUCUUCCUGCUCAGAUUAGGGUUGUGAACCUCUAUCUAUGACAAAGGCAAAAACAUGAUAGCAUGUACGACAUGUACGUGAUUAGCAUCCUCAGCUCCAUCCGUACCUUCAGCAGCCCACCGGUCAGGUGAGACUCUGGCAAGCCGCCAAGCCUAGAAGGCCAGUGAAAACGAAUAAUCAUACACUUCACUCUCAUGGAUUCUAUCUGCGCCGCACCCGCAAUCUGGCAACGCAGCGAUAGACAAGAGUGGUGUGGAGGCACUCGUCUGGUGUAAAUGGUCAACUCACCCGGCCAUCCCGCAUUUGUUUGUGAGCCGGCAUUCACAUACAGGUUCCCCUCGUUGUCGAAGUGCAUACCGUUCAUGUUAUGGUCACCAUUGCCAUUAGGAAGGCCCUCAAUGAGCGUCUCGAUUAUGGAGAAACCGGG